CCCGUGCCAUGCAUCGCGCUCGCGCUCCCUCUGGCACACAGACGCAGCUUGUUCCGUGAUUAACUUGGCAGCAGCAGACCCGUUCAGAUCGAGGACCCGCGCGAAGACGUCGACAUGACCAUCAACACUUCAAGUCAAGCGGUUAACACGAGGGAGCAGAUGCCGUGCUUUUCCAAGAUGGAGCGGGUGAUCAUCGCGAUGCAGGACCCCGACAUGGGAGUGAAAAUGCGGAACCAGCGCCUUCUCAUCACCGUUAUCCCGCACGCGAUGACAGGGCAGGACGUUAUUGAUUGGUUGAUCAACAAAUACUCUAUCUCAGACGAAGAGGCCAUGCAUGUUGGAAAUCUCUUGGUGAGGUUUGGCUACAUCUAUCCUCUGAAAGAGCCAAGACUACUCAUACUGAAGCCUGACGAGUCACCAUACCGCUUCCAGACUCCAUAUUAUUGGAUUUCAUCCCGUUGGCCCGCCUCAGAGCUUGACUAUGCAAUCUAUCUAGCCAAGAAGAAUAUUCGGAAACAGGGCCAAUUGAUUGAAUAUGAAAAGGAGAACUAUAAUAUGCUCCAUAAGCGAAUAAAUCACACCUGGGACUUUGUAGUGAUGCAGGCCAGGGAACAACUCAGGGCGUCAAAGCAUCGGAGGAAGGCUGAUCGCAUUGUGUUGGAGUGUCAAGAGCAGGCCUUCUGGCUUGUCAACAGACCCCCGCCGGGGCUAAUGGAUAUUUUGGAAGAAGGACCAGAGAGAAAAAAUGGACAGAACUCACGAGUACAACUGAAUAGUGACUUUUACAAGAAGGAGAUUGAACUGAACCGAAGGGGUCUGGGCCGGAACCGAGUGAAGUCUUCCAUUUGCCUUGAGAGUUAUGUCAAGUACAGUGAGCAGUACCAGGACCAUGACCCCAUCAUGCAGGGGUGUCUCCCUAGCAACCCGUGGAUCACUGACGACACUCAGUACUGGAGCAUGAACGCAGAACAGGUUACCAUGCCUACAAAGCUUCGAGUGGAACGCUGGGGAUUCAGCUUCAUGGAGCUUCUGAACGAUUCAAUGGGACGGCGAGAACUCAUGACCUACUUGGAGAAAGAAUUCAGUGGUGAGAUAUACAUACACACACAGUUACACACAGACACACACACAGUUACACACACACCUGAACGAAUUCAGAUGUUCCUGGCGCCGGGGGCAAGCCGCUGGGUGAACAUCGACAGCAAGACGAUGGAAAAGACUCUCGAGGGCAUCAAGCGUCCGCACCGCUUCGUACUGGACGACGCCCAGCUCCACAUCUACUUCCUCAUGAAGAAGUGUAGGAUGUUCCUGGCGCCGGGGGCAAGCCGCUGGGUGAACAUCGACAGCAAGACGAUGGAAAAGACUCUCGAGGGCAUCAAGCGUCCGCACCGCUUCGUACUGGACGACGCCCAGCUCCACAUCUACUUCCUCAUGAAGAAGGACUCCUACCCUCGCUACCUCAAGUCUGAUCUGUACAAGAGCCUGCUGGCCAAAGCCGUCGUCCCACAAGAGACCAAGAAGAGUGUGUUUCCAUUCAUGCGGCGCCAGCGCCACUCAAGCCCCUCCCCCGCGAUGGUGACUCACGCAGGAGAGGAUGAUGGGAAGGCACAGUCCUCCAGGCAGCAGCAGCAGUCUCAGGCCUAACACACACACAUACACACACAUACAAACACACCCACACACAUACAAUCACACACACGCACUCACACACACACACACCCACACACAAACACCGACACGCACGCACAUACGCACACACACACUCACUCACUCGCUCACACACACACAGAUUGGGGAAAAGGUGUGUUUCCUGGUGUAUAUCCCUUUAAGCAAGAAGAGGUUUUUUUUAAUCAUUUAAGGCAGCUUUCAUAACAUCCUUUAAACCGCCCGUUUAACAGUUUAACUAAAUAAACAGUAAAGUUAACCGCCCGCUUAACAAGACAGUUUAACUAAAUAAACAGUAAAGUUAAGCAGCACCAUAAUUUAGCAAAAAAGUGAUUAAGUUAAACACGCUCUUGAACAUUUAUGUUUAGCCUACCUAACCUGGGUUAUAUGGGGGAUUAUGAAAUACAUGGGAAGUAAUGGACCACACACACACACAUUAAGGAAUGAGGCCUAUUGGUCCUCUUGAAGAACAAUCAUGUUCAUUAGACCACACACACACACAUUAAGGAAUGAGGCCAUGGUCUAUUUUAUACUUUAGUUAUUGUCUAAUAAUUUAUUUUUUAUUUAAUCGUUAUUAAUAUUACUAUUAUUGAAAAUCAUAUAUAUAAUUACUAUUAUUAACACUAUUACUACUGUUUAUUUUACUGUUAAUGCUUUAUUUUAAAUGUUAAUGCUUUGGCAAUAUUGUACAGUGCACAGUCAUGCCAAUAAAACUCAUUGAAUUGAAUUGACGGGGGGGCAGAG